GGUCAUGUCAUUGCUCGCACAUGCAAGCAGGAUAUUUAAAAUGUUUAUUUUAAACCGAUUUGUUGUCCCGCUAAGGACUUGUCAGAAGCUUACGAAGGCACACCGAUGGCACCAUACAAGUUUGACAAAUGAGUUGAUUCAAAACAUGGACAAAAAAGCAACAUGGGACAGAUUCUACACAGAAAAUGGAAGCAAAAGCAAAUUUAAACAUUUUGAGUGGUUCUUUGGAUUUCCCGCAGUCCAGGACUUCAUUCUUCCUGUAAUACAAACCAUGUCACAAUCCCACAGUGGCCCAUUACACAUUCUGGACAUGGGAUGUGGCACCUCCGCCCUAGGACCUUGUAUUUACAGAAACUCCCCAUGUGCUGUAAAGGUCACCUGUGUUGACAUCUCCCCAGUGGCCGUACGACUUCUGGAGGAACACACCGAUACCAAAUCAUCACAGCCACAGAACCCAUUGUCUGCUCUUUCCUUUCAAGAGAUGGACUGCACGCAGUUAACUGGACAGUUUGAGGCCAGAAGCUUGGAUUUGAUUUUGGACAAGGGAACAACAGAUGCUUUGGUCAGAUCUAAUGAAGGGCAAGUUAAGGCUGGUCAGAUAAUAAGGCAAUGUUUAAAGGUGCUGAGGCCAUCGGGAAGUCUCUUACAGUUCUCAGAUGAGGAUCCUGAUGCCAGGCUUGUAUGGCUGGAGAAAGAGGUUAGAGGAACGGAUAUGGCAGCAGAUGUGGGCGUUCAAGAAGUAGGGGAAUUGAGAGGAGUAACUUAUUUUUGCUAUCAGAUUAUAAUGCCACCCAUUUGAAAAUAUAACAUAUGCAAGUUACAAUUAAUGAUGAAGUACUUAACAAUAUCAAGGCAUUGAUAAUCAAAAGCUUGUGUACAUCAUUUGCAUCAGCUGAACAAAAUUGAAAUCACAAAAUGUUUUU